AUGUCAGAAUUACUCGGUAAAUUACCAGUAUCAAAACGACCAGAUAUUUCGAAGCCUAGAUGGCCUCAGAAUACCUAUCAGGGCCGCCUCCGACAUUUUUGGACCACCGCAAAUCCAAUGAAUCUUUUUCAUUCAAAUGCUGAAAUUGAAGCCGCUCAAAAGACCGUACUUGAUUACAGAAAUGGCAUUGUUGACGAGCAAAUGACUGUUGACGAAUUGUGGCGAAGGAAGGCUAUUUACGAUUCAGCUUAUCACGCAACAACCGGCAAGAAAAUGNUGCCCAUGCAAUAUGAUUAUCACUGGUGGUCUUCUUACAACAUAUCAUUAUCGUUAUGGUGCAUCACUUAUAGGAAUCUACCUGGUCUGUUAUUUUGGCAUUGGUUUAAUCAGUCGUUCAAUGCCGUCGUGAAUUGGACAAAUCGCUCGGGCGAUAGUAAAAUUACAAUGAAAGGUUUAUUGACAGCGUACGUUUGUGCUACGGGUGGAGCCGUAACAGCCGCGUUGAGUUUGAACUCAAUCGUUAAGAAUCUACACCCACUCAUUCAACGUCUCGUACCGUUCAUCGCGAUUGCAGUGGCAAAUGCCAUCAAUAUACCGAUGAUGAGAAACGUGUACGUUAUCUUAUGCCCGGUUACGAUCGAACUUCGAGAAGGUAUUGAUGUUUGCGAUAAAGACGGUAACAAGCUGGGCAGUAGCCGAGCUGUUGCGCCUCGAGCGAUAUCGCAGGUGGUGAUCAGUCGAAUCGGCAUGGCUUCUCCAUAUAUGAGUGAGUUUUACAUCAAUUUCCAUGACGUCCCAGUCGGUAAAGCAGUUCUUUUAUUCCGCUUCUUAUUCAGUUUUUAUAAAAGAAUUUCAGAGUUCAUUAGAUGUUACACUUCAGACUUCACUUCUAACUUAUUCAACGUUACUAACGAUACAAUUUUAAUGUCACGCUUGCUUGCGGCAAUACUAGUAGUAGACUUCACGUNUCGUUUCGUAUCAGUUGCUUUGAAUUUACAGUAA